GAAGUACCAUAUAUGUUCGUCGCAAACUGCUAUGGGAAGAUUAUGUAGAUGCUAACAAUCACAACAAGUGGUUUAAUCCUCAAAAUUCUCUCAAGGUCAACUUCAUUGGGGAGAAGGCUGUGGAUGGUGGAGGACCGAAACGAGAAUUUUUUUGCGAAACCAUGAAACAAAUGGAAAUUCGCUUGUUCAGUGAUGGAAUUCCAGUUAAAAGCACAAUGGCUCUAACUGAGGGACACUUCAAAGUUGCAGGUCUACUGAUGGCCUCAAGUGUUCUGCAAGGUGGUCCAGCUCCUAACUUUUUAGCCAAUUGGGUGUAUCAGUUUAUUUCAGGUGGCCUUGAUGCAGUGACCAUUCAAGUCAAUGAUGUAAAAAGAGAUUCUCUUAAAGUUGCAGUAGAAAAGAUUGCAAUUGCCACAUCUGAUAGUGAGCUGCAAGAAAUUCUGCUCGGAGAUGAAGUGAUGGCUGAGUUAGAUGGAAUAGGUUAUAGAAGAAUUCCAACCAGAGAAAGUGUUAAGAACAAGGAAAAUCUAAUAAGGUAG